AUGAAGUGGUUUCUCUUGCUGGGAGCCGUUCUCGCGGUCUCCGCCGUCGAUCGGGCGAAAUUUCGACGCUGUAUCGAUACGGCUUUUUGCAGACGCCAUCGAGAAGACAAAUCAUUGACAGACUACAAAAUCGUGAGCAACAGUCUCAAGUUCAAUGACACCGCUCUUCAUGCCAUUUUGAAAAAUAAGGAAAACUCUCUAGUUUUGGACAUUGUUGCGUUGAAAGAUUCGACGAUUCGAUUGGUGAUUGAUGAGUUCGAAGGGAAAGAAGCUCGAGUCAGAACGAGCAAAAAAUCAAAAAGUCCGAGGUCGGCAAAGAAGAGUCGUGGUUUGAGACGGAAGAUGGGCAUAAGGUUGUUGUGCAACAUAAACCCUUCCGAGUUGAUCUAUACGCAAAGGGAACCCUCGUCACAACGAUUAACUCAAGAAAUUGGCUACGCUUUGAGCACUUCAGAAAGGGAAAAAGACAAAAGAUGGAGACGGAUUUUGGGAGGAAAAAUGGGGAGAUCACAAGGAUAUGAAGCCGCAUGGAUCCUCCUCGGUAAGCGU